UAUUAAAUGUUUAUUAUAAUAUAGUAAUUCGAAUUAUUGAAGUAAUGAAAACUUCUUUGAAUAAAAUGGUUAAAUUUAGCCAUUUUUUCUUAAAAAAUUUAUUAAACACCAAACAGCCAAUUUUUUUCAUUCUUGAUAUAAUCAUUAAUUCAUCUUUAUUACUUUGUUGGAUUUUUUUAAUUAAAUUUGUUAAUGUUGUCCCCAAAGAGUUCAGACCCAAGAUUUUCCAUCGUCUUUGUUUACGAUUAGAUGGUUAUAUUUUUAAUAAUAAUAUUGGAUGGUUUCUUUCAUUGAUAUCUUUAAUAACUGGUUCUUUCAUCUUAUAUAAUCGUUAUUUUAAUUUAGAUGAUGAUGAAACCGAUAUUGAAAGUGAAGAUGAAGAAGAAUACGAAUAUCCUCCUUUUAUUCCUCCAUCUCCUUUAUCAAAUAAAUUACCCAAUCCAUUAACCAAUCCAAUCAUCACCACCGAUUCUCCAAUAUCGUCAUCCUCCUCAUCUUCAUUAACUUCUCCGAAUAUAUCCAAGUCCCAAUCAAACCUUCAUUUACCAUAUCAAUCAUUUGAAUUAUCAAGUUCGUCAACUACAUUACAACCAACCAGUCCGAUUUCAUCCGGAUCCAAUUCAUUGGAAAUUGAAAAUAACGAAGAAAAAAUUCAAGAAAGACCCUCUUCUGCAUUAUCAAAUGAAAAAAAUUAUUGGAAUUUAACUCCUCCAAUCUUAUUAACAACUUCAAUGAUUAUCCUUCACUAUAUUUAUCAAUAUAACUUAACCUUUUCAAUAACCAGACAAAAAUUUAUAAUAUCAUGGGUUUUCUAUGUGAUAUUCCAUUUCUUAACUCCAAUAUUGAUUGGAAUUUGGUUACAUUUAUUUCACGUUCCAGGUUCCUUAAAAUUAUUUAGUUUAAGUUGUGGUUUACAAAAUGUUAUUAUCCUUUUAACUCAUUUGAUUUUCCCAAACGUACCCCCUUUAUUCAUUAAAUUAUACGGAGAAAAUUUGAUUCCAAAUUAUGAUAUGACUUAUACCGAUGGUAUAACUAGACAAGAUAUUAAAGUUCCAACUUAUAUGUAUAAGUCAGUUUAUUAUGCAGCGCCAAAUAAAUUUUCUUGCUUCCCACUGUUACAUCUGGCAAUGGCAGUAAUGAGUUUACUCUUUGUUUGUCAUUAUGCCCGUUGGAAUUUACCAAAAAUUUUAAUGGCAAUUCAUUUGGUUUUACAAUGGUGGUCUUCAAUUUACUUAGAUCAUCAUUGGAGAAUUGAUUUAUUAGCAGGUGUCUUUUAUUCAAUCUUUGUAUUUACCCUAAUAAAAUACUGGAAAAAUCAUGGUUUACUAGCAAUUGAUAAAAAAUUCAAAUUUGCUAGAUUUAGACUAGAUUUUAUUAAUGGUAGUACUUUUGGUAUGAGAUUAUUUAAAAAUACUAAAUUUUCAAAAUUUUUUGAUCCUGCUUAAUUUGCAUACGUCUAUUUCUAUUAAUGUCUUCUUCUUAUAAUAUAUUUAUUUAUUAACGCAUAUUCGUUUUUGUAUUUCAAAGUAAGUUUGCGCUCCUAAUAACUGGUAUACAGUUGCAACAUUCAAGCUUGACCCCAAUAACUCGUAAACUGGCAGUCCCGUUGCAGCAUAAGGCUCCUUGCUGGCUUCGAUAACUGACUUUUCUUAGUAGUUUC